AGCUUUAUCUACAUUGGAUAUGAAAGCUAUCCUAAUUUCCCUAUGGCCCUUCUUUCUUUAUGCCUCCACCCUCCAAACCUUCAGCAAAACCCCACCGCCGCCGUCCCCCACCCGACCACCGUCGGAUUUCACGAGCCUACAACGCUGAAUUCCAAUUCCAAGAGACAUUUCAUCCUCAAAUCAGCUUCACUCUGUCUAAUUUCAUUGAUUCCAAAAUGCCCAGUUGCCCAAUCUUCUCAAAUUUCGCCUACUUCGAAACAAGGCCUUCCUGGCCUUGCAAAUACAAAGUCUUGGUUUCAGUUUUAUGGUGAUGGGUUCUCCAUUCGUGUGCCGCCUCAGUUUGAAGACCUCACCGAGCCUGAGGAUUUCAAUGCUGGACUAUCUCUUUAUGGAGAUAAGGUAAAAACGAAAACAUUCGCAGCUCGGUUUGGAUCUCCUGAUGGCUCUGAAGUUCUAAGCGUUGUCACUCGUCCAACGAAUCAACUUAAGAUCACCUUUCUAGAGGAGCUUCCGUUUUCUUGCGAAAAACAGGCGAAAGAUAUAACUGAUAUAGGUUCUUUGAGGGAGGCUGCAAAAAUCUUUGUUCCAGGUGGUGCAACUUUAUUUUCGGCCCGAACGUUUAAAAUUAAGGACGAUGAAGGUUUCAGGACGUAUUACUUCUACGAGUUUGGGAAGAACGAAGAACACGUCGCAUUAGUAGCAACUGUUAAUAGUGGACAGGCGUUUGUUGCCGGAGCAACCGCACCAUUGUCCAAAUGGGAUGAAGAUGGCAUAAAACUCCGUUCUGCUGCUAUAUCCCUAACCGUACUAUAAUCAAUUGUUGAUCAAGUUAUUUUCAUUAGCUUGAGGAAGCUUUUGGUAAGUCCCCCAGUUGGCAGAGAGACAGCUAGAUUUGUGUAUACAUUUUUGUAAGAAUUGUACUUUGAAAUGGGUAUGCUGAGUGAUGAGUGGUGCUUCAUUAAUGUGGUACCCUUUGUUCUUAUAUGAUUGUUGACAAACUUGAA